AAUUCAAAUAGAUUUUUUUUCCUACAUAAAAAUACCACUACCCGGAUUUAUAUCAUUUUACAUGUAAAUCGGUCUGCUUGGAAGCCUUUUCAAAUAUCCCUUUGUGUAACUCGAAAUGAAAAACAUUGCUUUGAAAAGCUAAGACGAUUAUCUCUAGUUACUUUGAAAAGUUGAGGACGGAGCCUUGAAUUUUACACUCUUCGCGUUGAAAAGAGAUCAAACUGACAUUGCUCAGUAUGCCUCAUGAUAUUUCCUAACAGGUGCAGAAAGUGGAUUUUUACUUUUAUUCAUUCAUCUGCUGGUAAGUGCAAGAGAAACUAUUUUUACUUGAGGAGCAUAUUUUUCUCUAGUAGUCUAUUACCGGCUCAUGAAUGAACAAACAAUAUGCAGUUGAAUGGAAAAUUUUGACUGUAUCUGAUCAUCGCCAACUUUUUCUACAUACUCUUGUCUGUUAUAUCUCUAUGGGUUUGUUCAUUGGCUUCUUCUUAGUCCCUUUGUAUCAAAUCGAUAACGUUGGUCAACGUUAUUGGCCAAGGAUCAGUAAAUAAUAAGUAUCAAAGCCACUAACAGACGAGACUAAUUGAUUAUCUUAUAGACAUAUUACCUGUCGAAUAAAAAAAUAAAAAAAUAAACAAAUCAAAAACUAAUUUUUGUCCAAAGUACAAAACGGGCUUAAAAAUCGGUAGAAAUUGCAGGCAGGUGAGCCGACAUCAGGACAGGACAGAUACGACACGGGGCGCUAUACGAGUAGUCCGGGGAUGGGGGGGUGAGUCUGCUCUCAGUCAGCAGGGUUUUUCGGGGGGACGAACAGACAAACGCAAGCGCAGCCCUAUGACGUUUGCAACCCCCUCCUGCUCGCACCCACCGUCGUUGUUCCGCAUCAACCCCACUUCGCUGCAAACUGUUGAACGAAGCGUGCGUGUUCGAUCCAUAAUAAUAAAUCCACAUUCAUCAGCCACACAUCUCUCUGGCUCAAAAAAACGUAAAUAUCCUAUGCACCCAGAGAUCCUUCUCCGAUACAUUUCAGUGGAAGUUUCGUGAUAGACAAAAUCCAGAGGGGACAUUUCCAGAUUCGUCGGACUCGGAUUCGUAGUGCGCGUUCGAUAAAUAUUUAUCUCUUUUUCGCGCGGACAAAGAUGUGAAAUAACGAUGGAUGGUGUGUUGUUUAGAAAUUGUUGUGCCAGUUUUUUCCCGGUGACUGAAUUUUAGACUAGACAAAAUUGACAAAUUCAGGAUGGACGGGUACUAUUCGACCAAUCAGAGGCCUCCGCCGUUGCCUCGCAGGAUGCGGAACGAGUACGCUGAACCGUUCGUACACGAUUCCAGAUUGGCCGGUCUCCAACAAACCCAACUAGGCCAGAGCAUCCAAGGCGGCCAAACCAACACGCUCACACCGCAAGUGACAACGCAACCGUCCGCCCCCAUGGUGGUACCGGUAUUUCCGAUAAGACCAGCGCCGCCUCCGGCAUCGUCGCACUACUCGCCGUACUCCCCGUCCAGGUUUCAUAUCGACAAGCGGUGCCAGUAUCGGUGCUCGUGGAAAUGUUCGAGCAUCGUGCUGAUUAUGCUGAGCGUUUUGCUCACUGGAAUGCUGACUUAUUUUGCUGCAGUCAGUUCGAUGAAACCAAAUAUAGAUACAUCAAAUUGUAUAUUAGUGCAAGACGUGAAAGAUGGAGCGACGCAAGAUCAAAUUACUAUGGGCUCAGAAUCAACGCAAACUCCCACUGAAGAAUCGUUACCAACAAGUACAGCAGAACAUUCCAGCGCUACAACGCAACACAGCUCGUUGCUACAAUCCGCUCAGCAACAACAGCAAUGGUCUCCCUUGCCCCUAGAGCAACGCGAGCUGGAUAUUUUGCACACAGCUACGAUACCUCCUUAUCAGUUUUGGCACUCCGAGUUUCGGAAUAAACAACCGGCCUUUUUCAGGUUCAACUUUACCUUACCUUGGGGUGCCAAUUUUGCCGUUUACGGACGAAGAAACGUUGCUCCAAGUAUCACUCAGUACGAUUUCGUUGAAUUUGUCAAAGGCGGAAGAGUGGAUCAUAGACUGAGGAAAAGGGAUUUGUUCAGUCAAAGUUUCGACGAGGACCCACGUCCAUUAUCCCAAUUCAAAUUUUUCCACGAAAGCGGGAGCCGCAAAAGCGACGUAUUGGACAGCAUUUCCAGUUCCUACGAGGGAACAAGGAAAAUCCUGGCCGAUUCGGAACCCAGGGGACCCUACUACGUACCGCACGAUAUAAAAAUCAAGGAAUUCGCCGCUAGGGCUUCGAAAGGAACUGAUUUACCUCAUCCUACUGUCGAAUUGGAUAUUCCUGAAGACGAGAAACACAUAAUCAAAAAACGCGACGUUGCCUCAACAACUCCAGAUUUCGAAUCAAUGAUGGUCAACGUUAGCUUGCUUCAAUAUUUGGACACUGGCCGUUGGUUUCUUUCGGUGUACAACGACGAACUUCAACCCCAUACGGUAUCUUUGGUUAUUUCUGAAGCCGAAGGUGUCAGCACUACUUGCCCGAACGAUUGUUCGGGUCGUGGCUCUUGUUAUUUGGGAAAGUGCGAUUGCAUCGAUGGAUUCCAAGGGAUUGAUUGUUCGAAAAGUGUAUGUCCGGUACUAUGUUCCGGUCACGGUCAAUACGGAGGCGGCAUCUGUCACUGCGAGGAAAGUUGGAAAGGGCCGGAAUGCGACGUCCCCGAGGGCGAUUGCCGCAUUGCCGAUUGUUCCGGCCAUGGGAAAUGCGUUCGUGGAUUUUGUCAAUGCAAGCCCGGCUGGAAAGGUGAAGGUUGUGAAGAGAUCGACUGCAAAGAUCCAACAUGUUCUGAGCACGGCGCAUGCGUCCACGGACAAUGCUACUGCAAAGCAGGGUGGAAGGGUGCCGAUUGUAACGUUAUCGACGAGCAGGUGCACAAAUGCCUACCCUCUUGUUCCGAGCACGGAGUUUACGAUUUGGAGACCGCCAAGUGUAUUUGUAAUCGACAUUGGACCGGAUCCGAUUGUUCACAACCUCUCUGUAAUCUAGACUGCGGUGACCACGGACAUUGCGAACAAGGCAAAUGCCGUUGCGAUCCAGGAUGGACUGGUCCGCGGUGCGAGCAGCUCCCGUGCGACAGCCGGUGUCAGGAGCACGGCCAGUGCAAAAACGGCACUUGCGUUUGUUCGCAAGGCUGGAACGGACGGCACUGCACUCUACCUGGCUGUGAAAACGCUUGUUCGGGCCAUGGACAAUGCACCCUGGAAGAAGGACUGUACAAAUGCGUUUGUAUUGAUGGUUGGGCCGGGUUCGAUUGCAGUAUAGCGUUGGAAUCUGAGUGCCAAGACGAUAUGGACAACGAUCACGACGGUAUGGUCGAUUGUUCCGACAGCGAAUGCUGCUCGCAUCCGAGCUGCGCAGAUCAUAUCAUGUGCAUUUCGAGCAACGAUCCUGUCGAAGUUUUGCUCAGAAAACAACCGCCUUCGGUAACUGCCUCGUUUUAUCAGCGAGUCAAAUUUCUGAUCGAAGAAAACUCGGUUCAAUCGUACGCCCAUAUGGACGAGUAUACCGAAAGCGAGUUCUGGAACUCCUUUACACCGCGUCGCGUGGCUGUUAUGAGAGGACAAGUCGUUUCGCCCCAAGGUAUUGGCAUUAUUGGAAUACGAGUGUCGGUGGAUCGGGAAUCGAAAUUUGGAUUUACACUUACAAGAAAAGGAGGCUGGUUCGAUGUGCUGGUGAAUGGAGGCGGAGCCGUAACUCUACAAUUCCAAAGAUCUCCAUUCAAACCGAAAACAAUUACAGUUUACGUACCGUGGAACCAAAUCAUCGUUUUACCACCCAUUCACAUGCAACUCAGCGAAGAAGGAAUCAGUCAGCAGAUAUUAGAUCGAAGUCCAGCCCUGUAUUUUCCCGGAGUUUCUAGGUCGUUUUUUGACUCGGAAGGCUCUUUGCCUAACGUUUGCGACGAACACGAUCCUGAACUAUUACGUCCAAUCAUCACGGGUACUUGGAUGCCCGAAGCUGUCGGAGGGAUGCAGGGAAGGAGCGUUAUUUUUGCCGAAACUCAAAUCGUCCAGGAGUCUAUACCGAUUCCGGGCUCCAACUUGAACAUACUCUACCAAAGUUCGCAAGCUCUAGGGUACCUAACGACGAUUCAAAUGAAAUUAACCGGCGAUAAGAUACCGAGUACGCUUACGCACGUGCACGUACGUGUGGAAAUUGAAGGAUGUCUCUAUAUGAAAACGUACGAGGCCGACCCGGAUCUCUAUCACACGUUCGCCUGGAACAAAAGGAACAUCUACAAGCAAAAGGUUUAUGGAAUUGCUACGGCAAGAGUUUCUAUCGGUUAUCAACAUGAUUCUUGUCAAGAUCUCGUCUGGAUUACUCAAACUACGGAAAUUAAAGGGUUUGAAGUCGAUAUUUCUGAUAUCGGUGGAUGGGGUUUGGAUAUUCACCAUCAUUACAACUUCCAUGAAGGUAUUUUGCAAAAGGGCGAUGGAUCGACGUUACAUUUUAAGACAUAUCCUCGUAUGGUGAAAGUAGUAAUGGGAACAGGAUUGCAACGUAGUGUCGAUUGUCCCGGCCAAUGCGGAGGACCGGCAAAGGACGCACGACUUUUGACUCCGGGAUCACUGGCCAGCGGUCCCGACGGAAGCGUUUACGUGGGGGACUUUAAUUUGGUUCGCAGAAUCACCCCCGAGGGAAAAGUUUACACAGUGCUACAGCUCAGAGCUACUCAAGUAGCAUACAAAUACUACUUGGCAAUAUCGCCGGCCGAUGGUCACCUUUAUGUUUCCGAUCCGGAGCGUCAUCAAAUUCUGAAGGUUCUCUCGCUGGAACCCGUCCAGGAUCCGCUGAUUAAUAGCGAAGCGGUUGUGGGUAAUGGCGAAAGAUGUAUCCCAGGCGAUGACACAGCCUGCGGAGACGAGGGUCCAGCAAAAUACGCUCGCUUAUCCCACCCGAAAGGCAUCGCCAUAGCAGUCGACGGUACCCUGUACAUCGCCGACGGUACCAACAUACGGGCGGUGGAUCAAAAAGGUGUCAUUCACACACUCAUCGGCAACCACGGACAUCACAACCAUUGGGUACCGAUACCUUGUAGCGGAGCUAUUUUGGCCAACCAGGCUCAGCUCCAGUGGCCGACAGGUCUGGCGCUCAGUCCUCUAGAUGGCGCCGUUCAUUUCAUAGACGAUCGGCUCAUCUUGAAACUAACGCCGGAAAUGAAAGUUUCCGUCGUCGCCGGUACGCCACUGCACUGUCAUAAUUCCGAUAAUACUACGAUUGGACAGGAUAAUGAAUUGGGUACAGUCUUAGCUCUAGCAUUCAACCCUACCGGCGACCUUUUCAUUGCCGAAUCGGACACACGCAACACUUAUUACGUGCGGCUCAUAGAUACCGCAGGGAAAAUCACCCAUUUCGCCGGCAAACUCCAAACGGGCAAAACGGGAAAAUGUCAAUGUGCCGUGAACGCAACUACCGCCAACCCUAUUAGAAACAACAGGGACGUAGUCCUGCCGCCCGCGCCCGAAUGUUCUUGCUCGUCGCCUGGUGAUGACACCACAAAUAAUGCCGAAACUUUAUUGUCGUCUAAUGCCGUUUUUCAAGCAAUUUCAGCUAUCGGGGUUUCGCCUGGCGGUGUUUUGUAUGUCGCCGAUCAAGGUUCACUGCAUAUUCUCGCACUGGAACAUUAUCUACCCACCCAUGACGAGAAUGGAGAGUUUCGAAUCCCUUAUCCUUCAUCGGGGGAGGUUUACGUUUUCAAUCGCUAUGGCCAACAUGUGGCCACCAAAGAUUUGGCCAGCGACAAAACCCGCUACUCGUUUCUGUAUUCGAAAAAUACGAGCUUUGGUAAACUGUCAACGGUCACCGAUAGUUCUGGGAAUAAAAUACAAUUUUUGAGGGAUUAUUCGAAUGCAGUUAGUUCGAUAGAAAACACCCAAGACCACAAGUCCGAACUGAAGAUGUCCGGUAUGGGUUAUUUGUCGAAACUGAGUGAGAAGGGCCGGACCGAGAUCGAAUUGGAUUACGACCAGAACACUGGCCUAUUGUUGAGCCGUAGCGGGGGAGGCGAUACAAUUAUUUACCAAUACUCGAGCCUGGGUCGAGCCACAAGCGUGAUUUUGCCCAGCGGAGAAACAUUACAAUUAAAUUCGAAAAUGUCAAAUGUGGAUGGCUUAGAGGUCUCCGUCAAUCGACCACCGACUGUAUUGAAUAUUAAUGGGAAGGCGAACAAACAAGUUAUUUUAAUUGAUGGUGUCGCAAUAACAAAAGCCGCAACCCUUACCAACUCCACCGUAACCCUGAAAACGGCCUCGGAAACUCAACUUGAAAUCUGCGCCAUCGAACGCCAUCCUCUUCUAGAAGCCUCGCUCCCCAUCGAAGCUGAACUGCUGCCAGUGUGGUCCAGACAAACCACAACCUUCGGAGACGCUCUACACAACACCAUGUCGACGUCGUUCAGUUUGGUAGGGGACGUGCGCAACCCGCAACAAACCCUCUACAGAGAAAUCAACGUGAACCGCACUAAAGUUUUGGGAAUCGAGUUCGAUCAGUUUACGAGCAAAGAGACGUUUUUCGAUUACGAAAAGUUGCCAUUGCUAACGAUUACUUACGAUCCUGCUGGGUUGCCGCUUACUUAUACGCCGUAUAAUGGAGCUGAUGUUUUGAAUAUUACUUAUGAUAGCUUCAAUAGGAUUGAUGGUUGGAAAUGGGGCGAUUCUCAACUAAAGUUCAGCUACGACCGGCACGGGCUUUUGUCGGAGCUGACCAGUCCGCAGGACGGUAUCCAAAUAUUUACCUACGACGAAACGAAUAUGCUCACGAAAAUCACGUUGGCAAGUCAAAGGAACUUUCUGUUGACUUAUGACGACAAUGGCGGACUCAGGCACGUGACUUUGCCUAGCGGAACAAAGCAUUCAUUUUCAUUACAACCUUCGUUAGGCAUAAUCAGAGUAGUCUACACACCGCCAGGAAGCACCAGAUCUUAUCUGCAACACUUUACAAAUUCCGGCAGACUGUUGCAAACAGUUUUUCCUGGUGAAGGUGUCAGAAUCGUUUAUCGGUAUUAUGACAGCGGUAAACUCAAGGAGGUUGUUCAUGGUGACGGUAAAACGCUGUGCAUUUACUCUGAAACCACAGGACUACCCAGCCAAGUGAGUCACGUGGAGAAGGACUUGGAAUAUCAAUGGGACUACCAAUACGUUGGCGGUUUGCUGACCGAAGAACGCAUCAGUUUUGGGGCCAAGACGGGCCUGAGCAACGCUAAAUUCACUUAUGACUAUGACAAUAACUACAGAUUAGUAAACUUACAGGGACGAAUUGGCGGGCAGAAUUUACCUUUGUACGGACUGGCUUAUAAUUUUAAGACUGGAGCUGCCGAACAGAUUGGACCUUUUAAGAUUAUCAAGUUGAAGGCCAACGAGACUCAAGUUUAUGACGGCACGGCUCUAUUUUCGAGUGUACAAAAUUCUAGGUUUUUGGAGUCUAGAGUAGCGUUAACUAUUCACGGCAUGGAGGUGUUUAGGAUGGAAUUUAAUCAUGAUUUUCAUGGUCGAAUCGCCCAAACGCGUACCUAUACAAAAAACGUCGGCGUAAACACGUACACCAACAUCAAAAACUACACUUGGGACUGCGACGGACAACUUUUAGGCGUCGAGGCUCAAGAACCGUGGGGCUUUAGAUACGACGAUAAUGGAAACAUGCUUUCCUUAACCUACAGGGGCAAUACAAUUCCAAUGGAAUACAACAGCAUGGACAGGAUAAUUAAGUUCGGCGAGGGACAGUACAAAUACGACAGCAGAGGAUUGGUAGUGCAAAAUGCCAGAGAGGAAAAGUUCCAUUACAACUCUAAAGGGCUAUUAACGAGGGCUACCAAACGAGGCCGUUUUGAUGUUAGAUAUUUUUACGACCACAUGGACAGAUUGUUAGUGCGAAAAGACAAUUUCGGCAACGUCACUCAAUUCUUCUACAACAACGACGAACGUUCUCGCGAAGUGAGUCAAAUCUACUCACCAAGAGAUGGCAAGCUUAUGUCCCUGGUCUACGACAACAGAGGCCAUCUUAUCUACGCCCAAGUCUACAGACACAAAUACUACAUUGCUACCGACCAAUGCGGAACACCUGUAAUGAUUUUCAAUCAGUACGGCGAAGCCAUUAGGGAGAUUAUGAGGUCGCCUUAUGGACACAUCGUCUACGAUUCAAAUCCCUAUUUGUAUUUGCCGAUCGAUUUUUGUGGAGGGAUUUUAGACCAAGUAACGUCACUGGUUCACAUGCCUAAUGGCAAAGUGUACGAUCCGCUGAUUGGUCAAUGGAUGUCUCCGUUGUGGGAAAAUGUCUUGGAACGAGUUGCUACACCUACGCAAUUGCAUUUGUAUAGGUUUAAUGGAAACGAUCCUAUUAAUAUGGGAGUAGACAGAGAAAUACCAAAAGAUCACAUCGAGUGGCUGAAAAAAAUCGGUGUCAAUCUUAAAAGUCUCGCGCCUCAAUUGUUCAUGGACGACCUUCCUGGUGGUCCAAUGCCUCCGUCGCUGAGUAACAAAUUCUCUUGGAAGCUUGAAGGAGUCCUUACCAGUCAGUUGAUCACUGCGGCCAGAGCCACCGAAGCUGAGUCGGGCUUUUUGGCUCACAUCAACGCUAGGAGGAUGGAAAGUGCCAAACAGUUGAGCGUUUAUUCGAAGUCCGCAUUGAAAACUGACGUGAUUGAUUUGGUUCCGAGGAAAAUCGGAGCUUCUUCUGAUCCACCAUUUGGAAGAGGUAUUCUUGUUUCAAAGUCCGACGCAGGAGAAGCGAUAGUGUCGAGCGUCCCAGCUGCCAAUCCGAUCUACAGCGACGUCUACACGUCAGUUUUUAACCGAUCGUUUUUGCUGCCCUUUUAUUUCGUAGUACACAGCAACCAGCAGGACGCUUUCUAUUUCAUCAAAAAAGAUUCGUGGAAGAUCAACGACGACAAGGCGCAAUUGAAGAGGCUUCAGGGCCAAGUCAAUACGACAUUUCACGAGAACGUGCGUGAGAAUGGCAGCGGGAACAAUUACUUCGAUGUCAAGAUACAUGGGUCGAAUGUUGUGAUUAAUUUGAGGUACGGUACGACAAUGGAAAAAGAAAAACAACGAUUACUGCACCACGCCAAACUAUCGGCAAUAAGAAAGGCGUGGCACAAAGAAAAAGAAGCGUCGAAAAACGGCUUUUCCGGCACCGUCGACUGGUCCCAAUCCGAAAUCGAGGAACUCCUGAAGAACGGCUACAUCAACAACUACGAAGGUCAGUACGUGCACGACGUGCAACAGUACCCGGAAUUGGCCGAGGACCCGUACAAUAUCCGAUUCGUGAAAAAACAAACCGAGGCAACGAAAAAAGGACGACGAAAACGCGAAGUGGGGAGCAGCUGUCCAGACUCCUGGUGGUCGACCUGGAGCGAAUGCUAGUGCCAGAAUUAGGUUUUUUUGAAGUAAGAUUUUAUUCAAUUAAUAAGUGUGAUGUACCAAAGAACUUAAGAAAGCUUAUAUACCUUUUUAGGAGAGGGGUUGGGAAACGAUUGGAUUUUUGACUUGAAGAGCAACAAACAAAUACAUAUCUUUUAGGUUUUUUCCAUAAUUUGUUGUAUUACGGUGCACAGCGUUUUAUUGCAUUUGGAAAUAUUUGAAAUUUUGCUUGGGAAUUCAAUUAUUUUUUCUAGUUUUUAAGAAAAUUAAUGCUUUUGUAUCAGAUCCAAACCUUUCUCAAACCCUCCCAACACAUUUUCUAUGAUAUAACUUUCGUAAGUAUUUUAUACCAAACCAAAGGUCUAUUUGUGUAAUUUCCAAGAUGCCAAAAAAUUAUUAAAACCAAAAAAAUUAAAUAAAAAUAAAUACAUAACUAUUUAUUUACAAUUUGUUACCUAUGUACGAUGUGAUUUUUCCGGUUUGGCACACUCUGUCCGACGAAAUGAAUAAAAAUGAGGAUAUUAAAAAAAAAAAAAAAAAAUAUUGACUGAUAUUAUAAAUAAAUAUUUGUAUAGUUCGCACAAAGUGUAUCAAACAAAUUAAUUUGUAUAUUAUAUUAGGAAUUUUUGGUAAUUUUUAGAGACAUACACGGCUCUAGAUUUAUUGAAAAAUAUAGCCCGGACGCCCGGGAACUUUUUUUUUAUAAGAAGGAAAUAUUUCUAAAAUGACUUUGUUGAUUAUUUUUUAAGAAUUUGGAAUUUUAUUUUAUUAUAGUUUUGGUUCUAGUUGAAUGAGGCUAAAAACAUAGAUAGAAAACACACAAUAAGUUUAUUUUAUUGUAAAUAUUAUGACAAAAACGAAAAAAAUGUGUAAAUUAUUAGAGUUUUAAGGCUUAAGUUUUAGAAAUAUUUCUUUAUUUUUGUGCUAAACGAGCGGAGAGGCAAACGCAUAAAUCUCUUUAUAGUGAAUGGUAUCAAAAAAAUAAAAAAACAUAUGUAAAUAUAGUCCAGUUAUUAACUUUUUAAUAAUUUUAAAAUUAAAAAAACGAAUUUAUCUUAGAUAGGGAGAGAAUAAAAAUUAUUAAUUAUUAAUCAUAAUUAAUUAUUAUACAAAAAAAAAUAUAUGUUGUAUUGCUUUGAUUUAUGUUUAAUUUAUAAAAAAUGAUAUCAUUGUGACUGAUAUACUUAUUUGAAAUUCUUAAUACCUACCGGCUUCACAUGCACUUAGCGGGAUUAGGUGCCUCAAGGUGGUGUAGAGCCGGCAUUAGUGUUGAAUUCUGAUUGGAUGGAAAUUAAGCCAAAAAAAUUUGUAACCACAUAAGGGAGGUAUUCUUUAUUUUUACUGACCCAAUAUUUCAAUCAAACAACUCUUGAACUAAGUGCAAGAAACUGAAAUUGUAAAGCAGGUUUUCUGAGCUUCGCUCAGAAUAUUUUCAACUCUCCCCCUUAUGAAGCUACAAAUCUUGAUCCAAUAUAAAAAAAAAGUCUUUUAUCUGCUAUGUACCUUGCGAUUUUGUAUUAUACAAUGUAACCUCACUUAUUUAAUUGAUUUUUUUUUUGUUAGUAAAAGACUUGAAAAAGAAAAAAAAUUUAUAAAUAAAAAAUAUAUUUUUCACUCUGAACCCCUGCCUGCCACAUAGUGUAUUGGAAAGUAAUUGUGCUCCUUGUUAUUGAUACUCAUUACUUACUGGACAUUUAAAAACCCAGGAUGUAUGUAUUGAUGAUAUUUAUUUACAUAUUAAGUGUUAUAUAUGUUGUCAUCUACUUGAGGAUUUAUUUUUUACGGGUGCGCAAUCGUGUAAAUAAAAUCUUAAAAUCCAUGCGGAUUGUGCCUCGGAAAAAAUAAUGAUUCAACUACUAAUAGUUGCUGGUAACUGUUUAUAUAAAAAGCCUGUUCCGAUAGGGAUCAGAAGAAUCUUUUUGAGUGAUUUUUGUUCUGAUUCCUCUCCGGAACAAACAUAUUAUUAUUAUCGACUGGUGUUGCUGUUCCUCGAAUAUUUUUUUAAUCUUCUAAUGUUUUUUCUUUCAGUUUUUUUAAAAAAAAACUAAACGAUCAAAUGUAUAGAUAUUUAUUCCUUUACUCCUGGCCAUUAUAAAUGUUUUCUAAUAAACAUUGUUUUUAUAAAAAAUAA